UUGCCCCCCCCCCUGCAGUGGAGUGUUGUGCGGCCAGUCACGUGAUCCUGUUAUGGCUCGGGCUUGUUUACUGGAAGUCAGGCUGUACCGGAAGUACUCUAAUUAAUUCUUUGUCCUCUCACAGGGGAGUCUUGCAACAAUGUGGCAUCUUGUAGUUGCACUCUGCUUCCUGGCCUCCAUCGCCAAUUCCCGCCAUCUCCCCUACUUUGCCCCCUUGUCGCACGAUAUGGUGAAUUAUAUCAACAAGGUCAACACUACAUGGAAGGCUGGGCACAACUUUGCUAAUGCUGAUGUACACUAUGUGAAACGGCUCUGUGGAACACACCUUAAUGGCCCCCAGCUUCAAAAGAGGUUUGGGUUUGCUGAUGACCUAGACCUUCCAGACAGCUUUGAUUCCCGGGCAGCUUGGCCCAACUGUCCCACCAUCCGGGAGAUCCGAGAUCAGGGAUCAUGCGGCUCUUGCUGGGCGUUUGGUGCGGUUGAAGCCAUCUCUGAUCGUGUUUGUGUUCACACCAAUGGGAAGGUGAACGUGGAGGUGUCUGCUGAAGAUCUCCUGUCCUGCUGUGGCUUUAAAUGUGGCAUGGGCUGUAAUGGAGGGUAUCCAUCUGGAGCCUGGCGAUUCUGGACUGAGACCGGUUUGGUUUCCGGGGGCUUGUAUGACUCCCAUGUUGGCUGCAGGCCGUACUCUAUCCCUCCCUGCGAGCACCAUGUGAAUGGCUCCAGGCCGUCCUGCAAGGGGGAAGAGGGCGAUACCCCAAAGUGCAUGAAGACGUGCGAGGAAGGCUACACCCCAGCCUAUGGCAGUGACAAACAUUUCGGAGCCACCUCCUACGGUGUUCCAAGCAGUGAGAAGGAAAUCAUGGCUGAUAUCUACAAGAACGGCCCAGUUGAGGGAGCUUUUGUGGUCUAUGCAGACUUUCCACUGUACAAAUCGGGUGUGUACCAACAUGAAACCGGAGAAGAACUUGGAGGUCAUGCUAUUAAGAUCCUGGGUUGGGGUGUGGAAAAUGGAACCCCCUAUUGGUUGUGUGCAAACUCCUGGAACACAGACUGGGGUGAUAAUGGCUUCUUCAAGAUUCUGCGUGGCAAGGAUCACUGCGGGAUUGAGUCCGAGGUUGUUGCUGGAAUUCCCAAAAACUAGAGCUUUUAUCAAAUUCUUUUAACCCGAAGCCUGCUGCCAUAUGACUUUAUUUAGAUAGAAGUAAAACCGAACAAAAAUAGUUUUUAUUAAAGUAAAAUAUCACUAGGGUAUCGAGUAUACGGGUAAGUGGCCAGUCUAGAGCUACUACUCCAUGGUAACGGGACUUUUACAGCAGAGCAGGCUGGGAAACCAAUUGGGAUGUCCUCGCUGCCCUAAAACUGGCCGAGAUUGUCGUGCAAUUCUGCUGGUGUUGAACUGCAACUCUCAGGAACCCACUGACACAAACACAUUCCACCGGGAGUUGUUGAACAACAUGUAACUAGUUGCAAGCAGCCAAUCCCUCUAUUAGAAGGAAUGUAGUGUUUAUGGAUUUCUGUCUUUUGUUCUGGGGGGAAAUCACUAAAGACCCACGAGCCUCGUUUUAAUUAAUCAUUUUAAUGACCUUUCGAUUGUUGUGAUUGGAAGGCUCCAUCAUGCUUCAGUUUUAAUUGGGAUUCUUCUUAGAUAUUUCUGUUUUUUUAUUUUAUUCAUGUGGAUUUUACCCAUAACCACUAUGUGACUCGCGAUACACUUGUGCCAUUUAAACCUAUGGGCAUCUGUGUGGGCGGAGCCAACCGGCCUUUAAUCCUUAUACGAAGCAUUAAGGGGGUAAAUUGUUGGAAUGUGGAACUCCUUGGACGUUGCCGCUUGUAUACACAACUCUCUGCCUUUUAAUUGUGGGUUUUUUUUUGUUUUUGUUUUUUUUUUUUUAGUUCGUCUUUUAAAAAGAUGAUAGUGUCAAUUUUUUUUUAAAUUUGCCAAUAAAAUUCCUCGUCUUCCUUUUAA